AUGGGGAUUGGGAAAGGCCUCUUGUACUUGCAUGAAGAAUGCAGCACCCAAAUCAUCCACUGCGACAUAAAGCCACAAAACAUACUUCUUGAUGGCUCCUACAAUGCUCGGAUUUCCGACUUCGGAUUAGCAAAGAUUUUGAUGCUCAAUCAAACACAUACAAAAACCAACAUCGGAGGCACAAAAGGGUAUGUUGCACCCGAAUGGUUCGAGUCUAAGCCAAUCACCGUAAAGGUUGAUGUAAGUGUGGAUAUUGAAAUUGGUGAGAAUGAUAGAGAAAUUCUAACAUACUGGGCUUACGAUUGCUUUCUUGGAGGCACAAUUGAUGCUUUAGUCGAGGAUGAUCCAAAGGCCUUAAGUGAUAUGAAAAGGUCGGAGAGGUAUGUGAUGAUUGCCCUUUGGUGCAUUCAGAAGACCCUCUCUAAGGCCUACCAUGAAAGAGGUUAUGCUGAUGCUUGA